CAUCUGCGCCAACAAAUUAUCUACGUCAUCAGGCGAGCAGUUGGAGUUGGUAGCUUCGCAGCACGAACAUAAACCUUCACCCUACUCGAUUGAGACCGGAAGACGUAGGAUGCUGAAAUAUUUGUUCAUAUUUUCGGCUUUUCCGUUGAUUGUCCUGGCUUCUAGUAUGCCAGUGGGGAAGUGCAAAUACCCUCUGCCCAGCAACCCUGGCCUCGACAUCUCACAGAUCGAAGGAGAGACGUUGAAGUACAUCUACACUCCAACCUCAAUGGUUUACAAAGCGCUUGACAGUAUUUCUAUGGUAAUCAGGAAGUCGAAAAAACAAAAGAAGGUUUAUGCUGAAACCAUCAGAGCCAAGUCAGUCUUUGGUACACCUACGACUAUGAACUUUCUAGUGAAAGACCUUGGAAAUGGAGUGCUCAAGAAGAUCGUCAAAAAAGGGGAGAUGAGCUACAUAGCGUCAAUAGUUGCUAUCAAGGGGGACACCGGGCUAUUGUACGUCUGCAGUGACACUGGCGUGACCGGCGAGGACACCCUGUAUGUGAUCGCUCGCAAAAGUGUCGACCCUCACACUGUGAAACCCCCAACGAAGCUCUUCUCAGCCGCCAUUGAAAAGUUCAACUUUAAUGCAGAAUUCAGAAAACUGCCAGAACGUUUGUCCAUCAAAACUCUUUAAGCCAUUAAAUUUGUGCGUGACACGA